AUGAUUGAUUUUUUUCCCUCAGCUGCUAUGAAGGAAGAAUACAGACCUGAAUCUGGACACCAGUACGGUCCUUCCCCAUCAAUGAGCUCACGAGGUGCUCUCCCACCCACACCUCCAAUGCAAUCUGACGGCGGCUUUGACGGCAGACAAUCUCCAUCUCAAGCAUCAACUUCAUCUUACUCAGUAGUCUCAGCACCAAGUUACUACUUCAAUCCUUCCCAGGUGUCAGCCAUCAACAAUAUGGAGCCCCACGCACAACGUCAGCCAAUCCCCGUUGUUACUAGGAGGGUCUCGAUGCCAGUGGCUCCAAUGCAGUACACUCAUUCACCAUUCAACGGUUCAUACACUAUGUCUCCAGGAGCCCAGUCUUUGAGCUCCUACUACUCGAGUCCAAUACAAACACAGUCCCCUCAAGUUCCUGGACUAUAUUAUCAAAGACCACUUCCACAGCAAUUUCCUCCAACGAUGAUGCCAGUGUCUGUGACUCUGACUCCAUCCUCUGGUGCUAAUCCAUGGCAACAUCACCACUACAUCUCUCCUUCAUCGGCUGCCUCAUUCCCUCAAUCACAAGAUAGAUACAUCUGGGCGUUAAUGGCUAUUAGUUCCUCGGAGGCUACGAGAGAACGGAUUUACUAUGUGAAGACAAAGUUGAGACAAAGGGAUCGUAAGGUCGAGAAUUGGCUUUGGGAAAAAAGAAAAGAAUGGGAUGAAGAAUAUUAUGAAGAGAUGCUUGCAGCUCCAGGAACAUGUCACCCACAUUCCCAUCGACGAGCACUUAAAUAA